ACACACCAGGGGUUGCGAACACGCGAGUGGGCUGACAGCAAGGUGUGGGACGAGCUGCCGCCGAGGCCAGCAUGCUGCAGUGACGGCUUGUCCGGGGCUUUGUGCACCAGAUAUAAGGAGAAGCGCUUCUAAAUAAAUAUCAAACACUAUGGAAAGCGUCUCUACUGCACUCCCAGCACCCAGUGAUGUGGCACCGACAGGUUCCUUCGAACAGGAUUCCCUGAACCAGCAGAGAUCUCCCCAUCUCCCCAUGAAGCCAAACCAAGUGGGCCAGGUCAUUCUGUACGGGGUGCCAAUCGUGUCCCUCAUCAUCGACAACCAGGAGAGACUGUGCCUGGCUCAGAUCUCCAACACUCUGCUCAAAAACUACAGUUACAAUGAAAUCCACAACAGAAGGGUGGCUUUGGGGAUCACCUGUGUGCAAUGUACCCCGGUGCAGCUGGAGAUCCUGCGCAGGGCUGGGGCCAUGCCGAUCUCAUCGCGGAGAUGCGGCAUGAUCACCAAGAGAGAAGCCGAGAGACUUUGCAAGUCGUUUCUGGGCGAGAACAAGCCUCCGAAGCUGCCCGAUAACUUUGCUUUUGACGUUAGCCAUGAAUGUGCCUGGGGGAGCCGGGGCAGCUUCAUACCGGCCCGAUACAACAGCUCAAGAGCAAAGUGCAUCAAGUGCACCUACUGCAGUAUGUACUUCUCUCCCAAUAAGUUCAUCUUCCACUCUCACCGCACGCCAGAAGCUAAGUACACCCAACCGGAUGCUGCCAACUUCAAUUCCUGGAGGCGACACCUCAGGCUGACUGAUAAGAAUCCUCCCCAAGACCUGACCUAUGCCUGGGAAGAUGUGAAAGCCAUGUUUAACGGGGGCAGUCGGAAACGAGCCCUGCCCGGACAUUGCGGCCCACUCAGUUCCGUGAAGGCGGUGAACAGUGUGAUCAGCCACAUGAUAGGCCCGGAGCUCUCCCAGAAGAGGGCCAGGUUUGCUGAGGACGAGGAAGACGGAGGCAGCGCCUCCUCUCGGAAGAACCUCCGCAGUUACCCAGUCAUCCCGGUCCCCAGCAAAGGAUUUGGGAUGUUGCAGAAAUUCCCGGCGGCCUCCCUGUUUCCCAACCCUUACACCUUCCCUGCUUUCGGGCUGUGCCAGAAAAAGGACGACGCUGACUCUCUGGCUGGCGAGCCGAAGCAGCCUGGACUAUCGGGACUCCUGUGGCCCGCCCGAAAGGACACUUUUUACCCGCCCUUGUGUAUGUUCUGGCCCCCCAGGGCGGCCAAUGGCAUCCCGGUGCCAACCUACCUACAGCCCCAACCCAGUACCAUCACAUCAGUGGGGGAGUCCCCGAAUUUAAGGCAGACUUUCUUGGAUGUGUCUGACCAAAGUGAAGCUGGUGGCCUGACAGUGGCCGCUCCCAGAGACAGCCUGUUUGACAGAGACAACCUCGCCGGCCCGGGAGGCCAGGAGCACAGGCUAGCCGCUGAAGGCAGGCUCAAGCCCCUGGACGUGUCUGCUUUCACAGCCAGGAAGCAGAGCUACCUCUCGGCCUUCAAGCCCGUGGUGAAAGACAUCGAGAGCAUCGCCAAACUUCAUGGCAACGCCGAGGACUUUGGCUCAGAGAGGCAUCCCUCCCCGGGUACCAGCUGUAGUUACCACAGCGACAGCGUGGCGAGCGAGGAAGAGCAAGAGGUGGAUGUCGAGACCAACAAAUUCUCAGCAGAUGCUCAGGAAGAGGGGAUCCCUCUGGAGCAGUUCACCCACAACAACAGCAACCUGCCACAGGACAGCGGAUUUAGAGGGACUGAAGACCCGGGUCAUUUCUGUAGCUCCAAAAUGGAGCCAAGUGUUGACAAGAGAGAGAGCAAGGAAGAUCCAAUCAGUGAUAAGGGACCCACUCCCUGCGAUCCGGUAUCAUUGGAGCAGCCCAAUUACAAAGACGGUCUUAAAAACGGAACCAAAAAGCAUUCACUGUACUCUAAAAAAGAUGAAGAUAGUUUUUCAAUUGAAACUAAACAGCAGGAUUGUUUCACGGAGGAAUCUGAUAGUUCGGGUUUGGGGUUCUGGCGGGAACCUGGGGGUGAGCAGACACAAGAAUCAACAUCACCACUCUCUACCAAGACUGAUGUGGAAAAUAUGGAGAAAGAAGAACUUCAGAAAGUGUUAUUGGAGCAGAUUGACCUGAGGCGGAGGUUAGAACAGGAAUUUCAGGCGUUAAAGGGUAACGCUUCUUUCACUGUUGUCAAUAACUUCCAGGACCAGAUGAAGCGGGAGCUGGCGUACAGAGAGGAGAUGGUGCAGCAAUUACAGAUGAAGCAUAUGAUGAAGUGCACGUCAUUUGUAAGAUACAAGCACAGAGCAAAGCUCCACAUGCAAGCCUCAAGCAUCAUAAGAAAGAUCAAGCGAAGGACUAAAGGACCAAGCACAAUGCGAAACCCUGGAAAUUCAAACUCAACAAAAGUUAAUACAUAAAUCAGUGAUUUCCUAAGAGACAUUAACAUGACUUCAAACUUUAUUAGUAGCAUAAAGAAUCACUAUUAACUGGCUUCUUAAGUUGGUGGUGCUUCCAUUUAGAUAUUUUUGAGACAUAAGGAAGGCUGGUGAGCCCACUCUAAGAAGAUUGGUGUGUCCAUUUUAAAGGUACUAGUGAUCUUACCUUAAGAAGACUGUUGAGAACAUUUUUUGGAUGAUUACUAAAACCAUUCCUAAGAAGAUUGGUGAGCCCACUUCAAGGGGGAUUAGUGUAUCCACUUUAAGGAGGUUAGUAAGCCAAUGUAAAUUCUGUGAACACUAUGGAUUGAUGAACAACAAUGUACGUGAAUGUGUGUGUACGCGCAUGCACAUGUGUGUGGACUUCAAGAAGACCAUCAGUUGUCUCAUUGAAUGAUUAUCUGGAAGAAAUACUACAAACUCAGUUCUUGAUUAGUGGACUGGAAUUGCAUUAAGCUCAAGAGGAGGGAAGACAGCAGACCGUGGACAGGAAAUUACACCACUACUCUAAUCCUUCUCUAGCUUUUGCCUGCUUAAUUUAUUAAUGGUUAAAUAAGA